AUACCCUGCUAGCAAAAUUCUACGUCUACCACUACAACCCUCAUGUUAAACCCUGGCUUCGCCAAUGAACCCGGAGUCGAUGUUUUUCCACCCGUAUAUAAUUCAUUCUGCUAACACCCAUGGACUGACGGAAUAUGUUUUCAAGUAACCAUCAUCUUCAAGUAAUGUUGGAUCCUUCACAGUAAACUAUUUUUGUUUUCCCUAUAAAAGGACGUAGCCCAAUAGAAGAUUCCACUGUUAUAUAUCUCUCGCACUCCCUUGAAGCGAAGUUGGUCAAAUUGCAGAAGAUGUCGAGUGAAUUGAGUCAUCUCAUCAAUGGCAUAUCGGCAUACGACACCAACAUUAUGCUCGCCGCCCUCAUCUCCCUCCUUCUAGUGAUCCUCUUCGUCUUGCUCCUCCACAUAUACACCAAAUGGUUCUUGUCUCAAGCCCGCCAGAGACGCCUGCAGUCUAGCUCCGUCACCGUCUCUCACGUCCUCCACCCUUCUAGGUUCCACAUGCUCCACACACACCACCUCGACGACACCACCGCCACCAAUUCACCCUCCAAAGGUCUCGACGCUUCUGUAAUCGCUUCAAUUCCGUUGUUUGUGUAUAAAUCAAACGACGUAAAGUUAGAAUACUGUGUGAUUUGUUUGAGUGCGUUUGAAGAAGAGGAAAUCGGAAGGGAGUUGCCAAAGUGUGGACACGGGUUUCACGUACAGUGCAUUGAUAUGUGGCUGCAUUCGCACACCAACUGUCCCAUUUGCAGAGCUUCUGUGGUGGUCAACGAUGAGACUGAAGAGUCGAACACUGAAACUGUACUUGUUGAUGUUAGUUCCAUUGAUUCUGUGACGAUUGAGAAUGUGAUGGAGAACAACGACGACUCUUCUUCAUCAUCAUCUUCUUCAACAACUUCUUCUAUGUCGUCUCUGGGGAAUUCACUCAAGAGAAUGUUGAGUCGGAACAGUUCAGAACACAAAGUGUGUCCGACGUCGAAUCAAAGUGAACUCGAAGCUUGAGAGAAACACGCCCAUUGUUCAUUGUACAGAAAUUCUUGGACUGGUAACUUUGUUUGAAUCUCUCUUAUAUUUCUUUCAUUGGGGAAGAUAGAUCACACAUAUCUCGGACCAUA